AUGGCUUGCUCCCAAAACUCCAAAACUAGGAAUACAGGUUCUACAGAAGAGCCAACCUGGUCUGAGCUCCAAACCGAUUUGCUACAGUUGAUCCUAAAAAAGCUUUCUUCUUUCGAGAUCAUUAUCUUCAGAUCUAUCUGUACAUCCUGGAAUUCUGCGGCAGAAUCUUAUAAGCUGUCUCAAACUCCAUGGCUGAUUAACCCAACUGAAGGUCAAGAACUCGACGCUGACUUCUUCAAUCUUGAGGAGAACAACGUCCAAACUAUAAAGAACGUGUUUGAGAGCUUUCCCAAGCACACUUCACGUUGGGGUUCGUCGCACGGGUGGCUCGUUAUUCUCUACAAGGAAGCAACCUUACAUCUUUUCAAUCCGAUUACAGGAGCUAGCAUUGAACUCCCAGAGAUUGAGGAUAUUCCUGACACGACCAAGGGGUUUUAUUGGUGGCAUAUUUAUACAGCUAGGGUUUUCUUUGAGGAACCACCCUCGGGCAAGAACGUUAACUAUCUUGUGGUAAUAGGCAUUAGGCAUCCAGCAAGACUUUCAUUCUGUAAGCAGGGACACAUCUCAUGGACGGAUUUGGACGGCGUCAGUGAUUAUGACUAUCAUAUAGAUAUGGUGUUCCACAAUGACCAAUUAUUUACAUUGGACCACGAAGGUUCAGUUGAAGUUUGGGACUUUAGGGUACCCUAUCCUAUCAUGAAAACUCACCAUCUUAGAGCUUAUUCGAUUUGUAACUGGAAUGGUCCAAAGCGUUAUGCUUGGUUAGUGGUGUCGACAUCGGGUGAGAUUUUGCGUGUGAAGAGUGCUACCUACAAUGACCAACGCUUCUUAAUCUCCAAGCUGAACUUGGCCGCGGAAAAGUGGGAGAAUGUGGAUCGUUUGGGAGACCAGGUUUUGUUCUUGGCUCCGAAGCAAGCAAUGGCAUUAUCUGCUCGAGAUUGUCCAGGAUGUGAAGAAAACUCAAUUUACUAUACUUUCCCCGGAAAGCCUCAAGUUGUCCGGGUAUACAGCUUGAAUGGUAACAAAGUUGUGGAGAAAUCUUACAACUUCCACCGAAAGAAGACUACGGCACCGCUUUGGAUUGUUCCUGAUCCUAGGUGAGGUAUACUUGAUAGGUUCCUAUUUCAAACAUAUAAUCUCUAGCAGAACUAAAGAAAAACGUAAAAAUGGAAACAAGAAAAUAGCAAAUGCAUGGGAGUCGCUUACUGCUGUGAUCAUGUGAUUCAUCUUUGAAUUCAAGUUGACAGAUGUUGAUCUCAAGCAACAAGUUAUAAGCCACUAAGAAGUCCCAAAUUACCAUGCUGAUAAACUACAAGACACUCUCAGUUUCAUAUUCUAUAUUAUAUUUGUAAAGAUAAACUCUUUAUUCAUUUGUGAACUUACAAUAGCCAAAAGCUACUCACAAACCCAUUUGAUUCGUAUUUUGUUGAUCGAGUUCAUUGAUUAAAUUA